GGGGAAAGGCCUCCUCACCCCCCAUACACACAUCGUAGGCCUGAAAGCAGUGCGCAGCCAUUUGUCUGGGGAGGGUCUGUGCAUGCCAAGGGUGAGGGCAGCAGAUGCUAAACCCAGGAAGCUCUCUGCACCAAGUGAGCCUGCAAGGACUCCAGGGACUGACUUGCCAACAGCUGGACUUGAUCACCAGCUCACAAACUGAGAUCAUGCAUUGGGUGGAAUAAUAAGCGGACUUUGCUCUCCGGCUGUGCAAAACAUUGUUUUUCAAAGCUUUCCUCCACCGCAGCUGGUAGACAACAGGAGACCACCACCUGGACCCUUGAGUCUUCUCUAAGAACCACUUUAAGAUUCCACUCUCAGCGGAGUUUGCAGGACCAUGGUGGCCCUUUGGGGAGCUUCUGCUCUGCUGGUUCUGUUCCUUGCAGCAUUUCUGCCCCCACCACAGUAUGCCCAGGAUCCAGCCAUGGUGCAUUAUAUCUACCAGCGCUUUCAAGUCUUAGAGCAAGGGCUGGAAAAAUGUACCCAAGCAACAAGGGCAUAUAUUCAAGACUUCCGAGAAUUCUCAAAAAACAUAUCGGUUAUGCUGGGAAGAUGUCAGACCUACACCAGUGAGUAUAAGAGUGCAGUGAAUAACCUGGCACUCAGAGUGGAACGUGCUCAGCGGGAGAUUGACUACCUGGAAUACCUUCGAGAAGCUGACAUAUGUGUAGAAUCAGAGGACAAGUCACUGGCAGAAAAGUUACUUCAAGAAGCUGAAGAGGUGAAAAAGAUCCAAACUCUGCUGAAUGCAAGCUGUGACAACAUGCUGAUGGGUAUAAAGUCUCUAAAAAUAGUGAAGAAGACUAUUGACACAGAUGGCUCUUGGAUGAAAGAUGCUGGCAGUGACUCUCCAAAAGUAUAUUUCUUAAUUGGAUCCAGAAACAACACUGUUUGGGAAUUUGCAAACAUGCGGGCAUUCAUGGAGGAUAGCACCAAACCCGCUCCCAAGAAGCUAAACCUACCACUUUCCUGGCAGGGAUCAGGCCAGGUGAUCUACAGAGGUUUUCUAUUUUUUCACAACCAAGGGACUUCAAAUGAGAUAAUCAAAUAUAAUCUGCAGAAGAGGACUGUGGAAGAUCGAAUGCUGCUCCCAGGAGGGGCGGGCCGGGCACUGGUCUACCAGCACUCCCCUUUCACUUACAUUGACCUGGCUGUGGAUGAGCAUGGGCUUUGGGCCAUUCACUCAGGGCCAGGCAUCCAAGGCCAUUUGGUACUCACAAAAAUUGAGCCUGGCACACUGGGAGUGGAGCACUCGUGGGAUACUCCCUGCAGAAGCCAGGAUGCUGAAGCCUCUUUCCUUGUGUGUGGGGUUCUUUAUGUAGUCUACAGUUCUGGUGGCCAGGGCCCUCAUCGCAUCACCUGCGUUUAUGAUCCACUGGACACUAUCAGGGAGGAGAAUCUGCCCAACUUGUUCUUCCCCAGGCGGCCAAGAAGUCAUUCCAUGAUCCAUUACAACCCCAGAGAUAAACAGCUUUAUGCUUGGAAUGAAGGAAACCAGAUCAUUUACAAACUCCAGACAAAGAGAAAGCUGCCUCUGUAGUAACAUGAUGCAGGUGGGAGGGAGGGAGAGUAACAUGGCUUUGGCAGCUACUCUCUGGGACCCUGAGACUACAACCCCUUUGCAAUGUAGUAUCCCUCUGGUCACAAACAGGAGCAGAUUAUAGAAAUGGUGAUACAUAUGCACCUUUUCCCAGGUGGCACUGCAUUAGGAAUCUUCUAAGAGCUUAGAUGAGGUCCAUCAUUGGAGAAUUUUCAACAAAGUCCUUUACUCAUCCAAAAGUCCUGGCCCUCAUGACCUCCUAUAUUCUGAUCAUGCUGACUUCUAGCUUUUUCUUUUUUGCUCUCCAGCAUUUGCUCUAACUCUACCUUUCUCCCUUAACAGUUAGAAUCACAUGUCCCACAGAUACUCAGUCUCCUCUUCCGCCUUUCUCAAAUGCCCAUAAAUAUUUUUUCAUUUUUCUUUGCCCAACUAAAGUACUAUUUCUUAUCGAUGUUUAAUCUUUAUUUCCCCUAGCCUUGUCCUUCUACCAAGUGAGGUAGAUUAUUAUAAUAGAGUAAAAACAUUAACAUUUGAAUACCACUUUUUAGUUACAAAGUAUUUGCAUGUUUUUUUAAAUUCUCUUGUGAGAUAUGUACAAGUUUUUAUGAUUGCCAUUCUAGACAUAAGAAAGGGUCUAUGUGAGCUAUUCAAAGUAGCACAGCCACAAGAUGAAAGAGCCAGAAACUGCUAAAAAUCUCAUAGUCUUUCCAUUGCUCAAGGAAGCAUCAAAUAUUUAUUUUUGUUCACCCAGCCACUUAUAAUCAAUGUGUUCCUAGUUCAGUCAAAAAGUAAUAAUUCUCCCUCUUUAGUCACUUUUCAUGUCUGCACAAGACCUUCCUAUAGGUAUUUCAAAAGCUACUUCCUCCAAAAAACCAGCUUAAGGGUGAGGACCCCACCUCUAUCCCCAUCUUGCCUUACUGUCAUUUGCUUCUCUCUUUUUGCUUUAAAUGCAAUAAAAGUGAAACUAAGCAAAUAACCUCAUCAGGUUAUAUUUACCUACAUACCCUCAGCAUAAAAGCUUUUAGGGAGUGUUGCCUGUGUUGAGUUUACUAUGAACAAUCCCCAACACACAGAGGAUCUUGGUAAAUAUUCUGGAAUCUGGAUAGAAGCCAGGUAACAGGCAAGCAAACUAUCUGCCACAGCCGGCAUGCCGUGUGGCGCAGAGGGCAGCAUGCCUCUUGGGAGGGGCUUCAAAGUGUUUCCCAUGCAUAUGUCUAAUUCAGCUGAGUUUGGGUCACAAGUGAAGGCUGUGGUGCCAGUUUGUGUCAUGUGCUGAGGCUCCUGUUUUUCCAGGUUGGUCACAUGAGAGGACUUGCUUUGUGUGCUUGCAGCUGUUCCCUGGUCUUUGCCAAGUCCAGGCCGCGACCAGGGGCAGUGAAAAGAGGUUUUUUUCCCCUGUAGGAUUUGAGUAGAUCUGUAGCAGAACAGAAGGACCCAACCUCUGGAUACAGUGUAAUUACCCACAGUUCUAAAAGAACUGUGUACAGAGAGCCCAAAUCCAUUGUGAAAUGAGGCAGGUAUGAAUAAAUAAAUGUGGUGUUAUCACCACUCCAUGGGCCUGGGGCCAUUACCUACCUAUGGGUAAGUAACAUUACCUAUCUCACAGAUAUAAUGCCUUGCAUUGGAGAAUGGAGUGGAAUUAUCAACAGGAGGGAGUCCUUGCAUGAAAACAGACCUAGAAACAUCUUCCUGGGUUUCUCUCAGGUGAACUUUUCAUCUCUGAGGUUUCUUGUUGGAUUUAUGUGAGAACGGAUAUCCUGGUGACCUACACCAAUGAUUAUUAAACUUUGUUGCCUGUAAGAAUCACUUGGGGAGCUUUAAGAUUCUUAAUAUCCAGGCCACACCCCUAGCCCAUUAAAUCAGAUCAUCUAGGGGUGGGAUACAGGCAUCAUUAUUUUUUAAGCCCCUUCCCUGCAAGGUGGU